GGGAGCUCUCUUCUUCUUCCCCUGGCCUCUUCCUUUAAAAUAGUUACUUCUGUUUUAAGUUUUCAUUUCUGCCUUCAUCCUCUUUCGUUUAGUCUCCUAAUGACGGUCUCAAAUAGUAACCAUGGCAGUCAGCUACAGGCAAGAGUUGAAAAGAGAGGUGUGAGGAAGACAGGUCUGUUAAGGAGGAUGGAAACUCUCAGCGUAGGCAUCGGGAACCUUCGUGCCAAGGAGCCAUGCUGCCCCGAUGGGAACUGGCACUUUACCUACUUGCCUCACUAGGCUUCCACUUCUAUUCCUUCUAUGAAGUUUACAAAGUCUCCAGAGAACAUGAAGAGGAGCUGGACCAGGAAUUUGAGCUGGAGACUGACACUUUAUUUGGAGGAUUAAAGAAGGAUGCGACCGACUUUGAGUGGAGCUUCUGGAUGGAAUGGGGGAAGCAGUGGCUGGUGUGGCUUCUCCUUGGCCACAUGGUAGUGUCUCAAAUGGCCACACUGCUGGCAAGAAAGCACAGACCGUGGAUUCUCAUGCUGUAUGGGAUGUGGGCCUGCUGGUGUGUGCUGGGGACCCCUGGUGUGGCCAUGGUUUUGCUCCAUACCACCAUCUCUUUCUGCGUGGCCCAGUUCCGGUCUCAGCUCCUGACGUGGCUCUGUUCUCUCCUCCUCCUCUCCACACUGAGGCUGCAGGGUGUGGAGGAAGUUAAGAGAAGGUGGUACAAGACAGAAAACGAGUACUACCUGCUGCAGUUCACGCUGACCGUUCGCUGCCUCUACUACACCAGCUUCAGCCUGGAGCUCUGCUGGCAGCAGCUGCCUGCUGCAUCGACCUCCUAUUCCUUUCCCUGGAUGCUGGCCUAUGUCUUUUAUUAUCCAGUCUUACACAACGGGCCCAUCCUCAGUUGCCCGGAUUUCAUCAAACAGAUGCAGCAGCAGCAGCAUGACUCCCUGAAGGCCAGCCUGUGUGUCCUGGCCCUGGGGCUGGGCCGCCUUCUUUGCUGGUGGUGGCUGGCCGAGCUGAUGGCUCACCUGAUGUACGUGCACGCCAUCUACAGCAGCAUCCCCCUCCUGGAGACUGUCUCUUGUUGGACCUUAGGAGGACUGGCGUUAGCCCAGGUGCUCUUUUUCUACGUGAAGUACUUGGUGCUCUUUGGCGUGCCGGCUCUGCUCAUGCGCCUGGAUGGACUGACUCCGCCCGCCCUCCCUCGCUGCGUGAGCACCAUGUUCAGUUUCACCGGGAUGUGGAGGUAUUUUGAUGUUGGACUGCAUAAUUUCUUAAUCAGGUAUGUGUACAUUCCAGUGGGCGGGUCCCAGCAUGGCCUGCUGGGGACACUGUUGUCCACGGCGAUGACAUUUGCGUUUGUGAGCUACUGGCAUGGCAGCUACGACUACCUCUGGUGCUGGGCAGCGCUCAACUGGCUGGGAGUCACUGUGGAGAAUGGAGUCCGGAGGCUGGUGGAGACUCCCUGCAUCCAGGACAGUCUGGCCCGAUACUUCUCCCCACAAGCUUGCCGUCGAUUCCACGCUGCCUUUGCGUCUUGUUCCACCUCGAUGCUGAUCCUGUCCAACCUGGUAUUUCUCGGGGGCAAUGAGGUUGGGAAAACCUACUGGAAUAGGAUCUUCAUACAAGGCUGGCCAUGGGUGACCCUCUCUGUCCUGGGAUUCUUGUACUGCUACUCCCACGUGGGCAUUGCCUGGGCCCAGACCUACGCCAUGGACUAAUGCUGUUGGGCCCAGGCCAGUCCUUGCUGCUGGCCUCCAAGGCAAAUAGUGUUUCACCCUGACCUCUCACUCCAGGACAGCCUCUAAGGGAUUUGAUCUGCUCAUCUUCAGUUGAAUGUCUUCACUCCAGGACUGGAUGCUGGAUCUCAUAGAAAAUUCACAGCCAGACAAUCUUCUAAUCUGGAGUCUUUGAGAUCUUCUACCCCAACCCAUCAUUUUCCUAUUGAGGAAGCUGGAGUCCAGGGCAGUCGUGUGUCUUGCCCAGCUACACAGGGUGACAUUUUGGUCUAGAACCUAGUCUCAUGAGCCCUUUGCAUUCUUUCCUCUUAAGCAAGAAUAGAAUGUAGUGGACAUUUACUGAUUGAGACACAGAAAUCCUGAUUAGUGAUAGGCCUUUCUUCUGGGCAGUAUUUCUAAAAUAUUUGAGUGACAUUGAUGUUUAAGUGACCUCCUUCAUCACAUCCUGCAGUGUCUCUAGAAGCAGCACUAGGGUUUGAGCUUCACGCUUCAGCCCCUCUGUAGGAAGGAGACCAAGCCACAGCUGUCUUUUGAAUUACCUAGUCCAAGAAGAUGUAGCAGCCCUGUAGCAUUCUAAGGCAUCUAUACCCAAGGAGUCCUGUGAUUUGAGCUUCAGCAGAGUGAUCUACGUUAGGUUGCUUGUUUCUGAGAUUUGCAGAGAAGUAUAACAUGGUUGUUCCUCUACCUUACAGUUAAUCGUUUCUUAAUAAAGAAGCAGAAUUUAGAAACCACAGGAUAGUGUAUCCACAGAUGGGUGUUAUCAAGGCUAGUCAUGAGGAUGGUGUCCUGGAGUCUUGUCCACCCUCUCCAUACAAGUCUCAAAAGUCAUCUUCCUGCUCAGUGAUUCACGUUUAGUGGUUGAUAUUGUUAUGGUUUGAUUCAAACGGAGCCUUUUCCGUCAUGUAGAUAAUCUACAUGUUUGUAGAAUUAUUUUGAAUAUGUUUGAGGAAAAUGUUUAAAAUCUAAAUAUACUCACAUAACUUGAUUAUUCACUCCUCUGAAAAGGCUACCAAAGUUCCCAAGUGGUAGAUAAUUCAGAAGACUUCUGUUUGAAUUUGGAUUUUUUUUUUUUUUUUGGAGUGGGGAGGGGUAAAGGAGACUUAAAAUUUGAAUCCAUAAUAUAUCUAAUUACAGGAGAAUUUACAACAUCUCGAGUACGUAAAUUAAGUUGUCAUUGAGUGAAAGGUUCACUUGGACCUAGCGCUGCCUCCUGCUUAUUACAUAGCAUGGCCCUUAUGUCUUGAGUUGAGGUUAUCAACUCAAUGAGGCUUAAGCUCCUAGAGUACGGGACCAUUUUGUUGAUUGUCUUUCUUCAUAGCUUCUCUGCUUGGCAAAGAGAUAGGAGGGGGCCAGAUACUGACUACCUGGGGUAGGCACAUUAUGUGUUAAAGCAAAAGACAGAGACCAGAGAGGGGCAGGUAGACCUGCACAGCAGCAGCCUCAGCAGCUGUCUUGGUAAAGGAGAGAGACAGACACGGGGCCGAUAGUUCCAGGGUGCUCAGAAGUUUUAGGAGGGAAUGAGCCUCAGGGAGGAGUGAGCACCUAAAUGAACGCAGUAAACCUUCACGGACUAACAGUGAUUCAGGAUUUGUGGCCAGCCAGAGGGAGUUUGACUGAAGUUUACUUGGAAAGAAAGGGCUUGCUAAGAAAAAAAGGAGUAAAAAUGAUGAUAUGGAAGUGUCUAAUAUAUGUGUACAUAUAAGUAAUACAAAAGUUUUGAGCUCUUCCAAAUAUACCAUUUAUAUAAAAACAAAUAGGUUUAUUCAUUCAUUAAACUAUUUUGGAAGAGUCAGUGGAUAUAUUUGAAAGUGGUAAUCCUGAAUCUCUUUUAAACUAUUAUAUGAUUCAUAAUGGUUCUCAGGAAUUAAUAAAUGAUUACUGUGUU